AUGUCCGAGACCAUGGGUGAUAUACAGUCAUUUCUCUCCUCGCUGGUCUCCUGGAAGGCCUUAGCACUGACUCUGGCAUUGGUCAAUCUCAAGAACCUCCCCCUAGGGUGGCACGUCCGUCUAUUCUACUGUUUCGUCCGCAAUAUACGAUGGCGUAUCGAUGACCCGUUUUUCCCCAAGGGAACAGCCCUGGUCAAUGCUCAGGGGAAACCGACGCAUCCGAUUUUCGCCCCGUACGGAAUCACAUCGCGGACACCCCUUCUCGAGACGGACUACAACCUGCACAAAUCCAAUAGCACGUAUUUCUCCGACCUAGAUGUGGCACGGACGGCACUGGCGACCCGUCUGUAUAGCCCUGGCGUGUCGAUCGUCAGCAAGGAGCUGGAUAAAGAGCUUCUAGCGACGGGGGAUGCGAGCAAAGCCGCACACGCGCACAAGGCCAUCUACAUCGCUCUUGGCUCGGUGCAUUGCAGUUUCAAGCGUGAGAUUAAGCCCUUCGAGCUGUACGAGAUCGAGAGCAAGAUCAUCGCAUGGGACCAGAAGUGGUUGUAUAUCAUGACCUUUUUCCUGCGGCCUGCCUCGGGCAAGAAUAAGAAGAGAACUCUCUUCGCUACCGCGCUGAGCAAGUACGUCGUCAAGAAGGGCCGUCUGACGGUUCCCCCCGAGCGGGUUCUUCGGGCCAGCGGGUUUCUUCCCCCGCCCCCCGAGGGUGUUUCGUUGGAAUCCGUGGAUUUCUCGUCUGCCGAUGCAUCUGUCAGUCAGACGCCGGUUAGUGGAGAGGGAAUCGCGGCGAGUACGGCUGUUGAUGGCGGAUCGCUGGUGCGCGAGGUGCUCAGAGUCACUGAUGACAAGCUCUCCAACCCGCAAGCCCUGGCGGAGCAGACCAAGGCUAACACGGAGUCGUGGGAUCCCAAUGAAUGGACCUACGAGAGGAUCGACCAGGAGAGACGAAGGGGGUUGCGAGUCGUGGAGGGAUGGGCCAAUUUAGAUGCCAAGCUGUUUGCGGAGUGGCAGUCGGAGUAA